GCGGCCCCGGGGGCCUGCGGUGGAGGCGGAGUCGCCUCGGCCGCAGCCGCUUCCCUAGCUCGGGAUUUGAAAGAUUAUAAAGUCCGGGCGGCGAGGGCGGCGGCGGCGGAUGCGCGAGUGGCGGAAGCGCCGGCGGCAUGAACUACCCGGGCCGCGGCGCCCCGCGGAGCCCCGAGCGUAACGGCCGCGGCGGCGGCGCCUGGGAGCUGGGCUCGGAGGCGGCGGGCGCGUUCGGCGGCGGCGGCGGCUUCGAGCACCAGCCGGGCGACGGCGUGGCGCUGCUGCGCGCGGAGCCGCUGCACCUGGCGCCGGGCACCGAGGACCUGAGCCACCUGGCCCUGGACCCGUGCCUCAGCGACGAGAACUACGACUUCAGCUCGGCCGAGUCCGGGUCGUCGCUGCGCUACUACAGCGACGGCGAGAGCGCGGGCGGCGGCAGCUCCUCGUCGCCUCCGCCGCCGCCGCCGCUGGUCGCCUCGAACUUGGGGGGCGGCGGGGCGGCGGGAGGGGGCCCCGGGGACAGGAAGCGCGCCCGGCCCGGCGGCCCCGCCGCCCGGCACCGCUACGAGGUGGUGACGGAGCUGGGCCCGGAGGAGGUGCGCUGGUUCUACAAGGAGGACAAGAAGACCUGGAAGCCCUUCAUCGGCUACGACUCUCUGCGCAUCGAGCUUGCCUUCCGGACCCUGCUGCAGACCACCGGUGCCCGAGCCCGGGCGGAGGGCCGCGAUGGAGACCGGGCGUGCGGCCCAGCCUCCAGCUCCGGGGAGGAAGACGACGAGGACCGCGCCUGCGGCUUCUGCCCGCGGGCGGCGGGGCGCGAGCGGGAGAUGGAGGAGCUGGUGACCAUCGAGCCGGUGUGCGUGCGCGGCGGCCUCUACGAGGUGGACGUCACCCAAGGAGAGUGCUACCCGGUGUACUGGAACCGAGCUGACAAAGUGCCAGUGAUGCGCGGGCAGUGGUUCAUUGAUGGGACCUGGCAGCCUCUGGAGGAGGAAGAAAGCGACCUGAUUGAGCAAGAGCACCUCAGCUGCUUUAGGGGCCAGCAGAUGCAAGAGCAUUUUGAUGUUGAAGUGUCAAAAUCUGUAGAUGGAAAAGACGUUGUCUACCACCUCCCUCCCUUCUCCCUCCCUUCUCUGUUCAAAUGGAGAGGAUAUGAGGAGAGUGCAGACGCGACAGGGCUUAAACGAAAGCGUUCCCAAGCUGUCCAUAGUUUCAAACUGAGCCGCAAUCACGUGGAUUGGCACAGCAUGGACGAGGUCUAUCUCUACAGCGACGCAACCACAUCCAAAAUUGCGAGAACUGUUACCCAGAAACUGGGAUUUUCUAAAGCCUCCAGCAGUGGGACCAGACUCCACAGAGGUUAUGUAGAGGAAGCCACACUGGAAGACAAGCCAUCGCAGACGUCUCACAUUGUGUUUGUUGUGCACGGCAUCGGACAGAAGAUGGACCAAGGACGGAUCAUCAAGAACACUGCCAUGAUGAGAGAGGCUGCAAGAAAAAUAGAAGAAAGGCAUUUUUCCAACCAUGCAACACAUGUUGAAUUCCUGCCUGUUGAGUGGCGCUCGAAGCUGACUCUGGAUGGAGACACUGUGGAUUCCAUUACUCCGGACAAAGUGCGAGGCUUGCGGGACAUGCUGAACAGCAGCGCCAUGGACAUAAUGUACUAUACCAGCCCGCUUUACAGGGACGAGCUAGUUAAAGGCCUUCAGCAAGAGCUGAAUCGAUUGUAUUCCCUUUUCUGUUCUCGGAAUCCAGACUUUGAAGAAAAAGGGGGUAAAGUGUCAAUAGUGUCCCAUUCCUUGGGCUGUGUGAUCACUUAUGACAUCAUGACGGGCUGGAACCCAGUCCGACUGUACGAGUGCCUUCUGCAGACGGAGGAGGACCUGCCUGACGAGCAGUGGAUGAGCUACGAGGAGCGACAUCUUCUCGAUGAACUCUAUAUAACAAAGCGGCGGCUGAGGGAAAUAGAAGAACGGCUGCGUGGACUGAAGGCGUCGUCCAUCUCACAAACACCUGCCUUAAAAUUUAAGGUUGAGAAUUUCUUCUGUAUGGGAUCCCCACUAGCAGUUUUUUUGGCAUUGCGUGGCAUCCGACCAGGAAAUACUGGAAGUCAAGACCACAUUCUACCUAGAGAGAUUUGUAACCGCUUAUUAAAUAUUUUUCACCCUACAGACCCAGUGGCCUACAGAUUAGAACCAUUGAUUCUGAAACACUACAGCAACAUUUCUCCGGUCCAGAUCCACUGGUACAACACUUCAAACCCUCUACCUUAUGAGCAUAUGAAGCCAAACUUCCUCAACCCAGCAAAAGAACCUACCUCAGUUUCAGAGAGUGAAAACAUUGCAGCUGUGCCGAGCCCCGUGACCUCCCCAGUCCUACCCCGGCGCCACUAUGGAGAAUCGAUAACAAACAUUGGCAAAGCGAGCAUACUGGGGGCUGCCAGCAUUGGAAAGGGGCUCGGAGGAAUGUUGUUCUCAAGGUUUGGACGUUCUUCCACAUCGCAGCCAUCUGAGGCGUCUAAAGACACGACGGAGGAGGAGAAGAAGCCUGCUGCCUCGCCCUCCACCACCACUGUGGCAACGCAGACCCUGCCGCAUAGCAGCUCUGGCUUCCUCGACUCCGCAUAUUUCAGACUUCAAGAAUCGUUCUUUUAUCUCCCACAACUUCUUUUUCCGGAAAAUGUAAUGCAGUGUAAAGAUGAUAGCCUCGUGGAGCUGGAGCACAGGAUCGACUUCGAGCUCAGAGAAGGCCUUGUGGAGAGCCGUUACUGGUCGGCCGUCACGUCGCACACUGCCUACUGGUCAUCCUUGGACGUCGCUCUUUUCCUCUUAACGUUCAUGUACAAACACGAGCACCACGGCGCCGAGGACGGGAAGCCCAGCCUCGAUCCGCUCUGACUCUUGAAGGAUGUGAAUGGCCCAAAACUUUUUUCCUGUUAAAAUGUGUCAAGAUACGGAGAUUCCAACGUUCCAGUUUUGUUUAGGGCAAGAAAUAUUUUAAUUUAAAAGCACUUUAUUUUAUUUUUAAAAGAAAAAAAAACACAGUUGUAAAGGAAUUAUUUACUACUUGUCAUUUUAAUUAUGAGUCUAGCAGGCCCCCUGCAGAGAACACGGUGGCAGUGUUGGAGGGUUAGGUGAGCUGGGUGAGGGUGGCCAGUACCACCCAGCCCUCCAGGACA